AUGUUGAUGACGACGUCGACAACGGUGAGACGCGUUGCUCUGUGCUCCAUGACAGCGAGGCUACUGCUUCUGACGCCGCUACUCCUGCUCAGGGCCAAUCCUAUGCGAGGUCAGGCAUUAGCACCUGAACUACCCGAGGAAUACCAGCGAAAAAAAUACGGGCCUCUCUUCCAGGGUGUAAAUCUCUGCGCAUAUAAAGAGGUUCCUCAGCCAAGCGGAGAAAACCUCAUGGCAUGGAUUUGUGGCCCGGUAGACGGAAAGAACGCAAUAAUCAAAUACGACUGCUGCCCCGGCUACAAAAGAACUCCCAUAGUAAAUAACGAAUGUGUUGAAAAGAAUCCCACGUACAUGCCCAUAAUUCCAACGCUAGCAGAAAUGAAUAAGGUGGAAACUGCUGACAUUCUCCACAAGGUUGAGUCAGCCUUGGACAAGGAUGGAAGGGACUUCACAGUCUUCGUACCAGAACAGGAUUCCUCCUUACAGACUGUUCUAGAGCGUGACAUUAGUAAUCUCAUUAUCGACGGUCGCCACUAUUCCGGUGAAUUCACAAAUGGUGCAAAUAUUGUUACCGAGAGCGGUUAUCCGUUAAAAGUCUCCACCUACCGCAAUGGGCUAGUCUUUGUGGAAUGUCAACUCCUCACAAAACCGGACUAUGAAACCUCAAACGGUCUCAUCCACGUAACUGGCGGACCCAUUGAUGCGUCGAACAGGUACAGUUCAGUAAUUCAAAGGCUCGAAGCUGACCCGGAUCUAUCGGCAUUUACUGCUGAUAUUCCCACCGAUCUUCGUAGUCAACUUGGUGCUGCUAACAGCAUGGAGAGGUAUACAGUGUUUGCACCUACCAACAGUGCUUGGCAAGUUGCCAAACGGGGUGUCAAUGGCCCACAGGGAGUUGCUAAUCUCGUGAAGCAACACAUGCACGAUGGACUAGUAUGUGGUCAGUCAUUGGACGACCAGCUGAGGUUGCUGGGUCCUUCAAAGUCGAAUACGUUCGUUCGUGGUAUGCAGCAGCCUGAUGGAUCAAGAGUGCUGAAGGAUUCGUGCGGAGCUAAAACUACCUUCCAAAAAAUGGAUAUGAUGGCAGGGAAUGGAGUUGUUCAUAAAAUCGACAAUGCUCUAAGAAGUCCUGCAUCGAUGGAUUUCCGCAGUGCUCUGGAUUGUCUUGCUAGUGGUCUGGACCCGGAGUUGAGUCAGGGGGCUCGUGAAAUGGCUGCUUGCGCCAUCGACGUCCAGCCGAGUGACGAUGUUGUUGUCCUUCUCCCAACACCAGAGGCACUUCGCUCAACAGGAGGUUUGGACAAAUGCUCGCUUUACCAGAAUCAUGUCCUCACCUCACAAGAUUGCAAGAUGAAGAAUGGACAUGGAAUAGGCACGCCUCAAGAGUGCCUCUAUACCACAAAGUAUACUACUUCGGAUGGUCGCCAUCCCACUGUAGCCAAUCAGUACAUCCGCACAAGGGACGGCAGCCGGUUGCACUUUGGAAAAGCGGAGACCACCGGUCUGAAGCCAAUACCAUUUAGAGGCGGUGUUAUCUACCCAGUUUCAUCAGUCAACCCACCUCCGAUCAAAACGAUGAUGGAGAUAAUUAGGGACGAUCGCGAACUCAGUGAUACAUAUGAAAAGAUGCAACGUGCAGACUUCGGCAGCAUUCUCAAUCGAAAUUCCCCGAAUGUUGUUUUCUUUGCGCCUCAGAAUCAUGGGUGGAAAACUAGAGACAAGGAGAAUGCUUAUAGACCAGGCCAGUUGCGAAAGCUCUUUGAAAUGCAUACCCUGCCACAUCAAUUAAUCACUGGUAAAGACGGGAACGUUGAAUCAGAGACUAUACAGAACGUUAAAUCACUCUCGGGAACGGAUAUAAAGAUCAAACGAAAUUUGGAUGGCAAUACCUUCAUCGGCUACGACGGUCUUGAUCCAAGCCACUGGGCGCUGGCUAUCGGAGACCCAAUACUCGCCAGCGAUGGAGUCAUCUCGGUUGUAGACUGGCCUCUUGUCUGUAACAACUGCUAA